CAACCUUACCAAACCAACUCUCUCAUCUUCUUCUUACUCUCUAGAUUCCAUUUCCGAUCUCUAUUUCAAAUCUUCUACAUAAACUCUCGUUGUUUCUAUUUCUGGAUCUUUGUUUCCUUAUAAAGUAUCAAUCUUUUUCUUGCUAUGGCUGGAACUAAAGAUUCUCACAUAGUGGAGAUUCCUGUAGACGAAGAGCACAAAGAGAAGCACCAACAACAACAGUUGGUUACGGUCCCAAAUCCAGGAAUACUCAGGGUGAUUCAGCAGCAUCCCUUGUCUGAGAUCUCAGAGUCUCCAGGCCACUUGUUGCUUUUAAAGCUAUGGCAAAGAGAAGAAGAUCUCUUCUGUCGCCGUGUCCUUCGUAAAGAAUCAAGGCUCGAAUCAAUCAAAAGAGAGAUCUUUCAACUCUGCUGUUUCUUCCUCAUAUUCCACGGUCUCUUCUUCACCAUCGUCUACUCUUCUUCCUGCUCUGACGAUGUUGAUGACGUGAUGAAAGGAGAUGCGGUCUGCAAGAAAUGGUGGAUACCUUCUGCAGUGUCACUAGCCACUUCGCUGGUUCUGGUGUUCCUCGUUCAGGCUAAGCUGUUCUUGUUCUGGAAAGUUUCUAGAGGAGUUCAUAGGGAGAGGAAUGAUAACAGAACGCUUACUCGGUGUGUGUUGGAGCUGAGGAUGAAAGGGUCGAGCUUUGAUCUGUCAAAGGAGCCGAUGAGUGGGAAGAGGAUGAAGAGCUCGAGCGUUGAGAUUAAGUGGAAGCCUGUUACUUGGUUCUCUCAGUAUUUGAUUACCAUUGUUCUUCUUGUCUUUGCAGGGUUGUUCUUUCCCAUCUCUAAGUUCAUCCUCUGCGGGUUUUGAUCAGACAAACAAACUUUUCUGUUCAUUUUUCUUUUCGGUAAGCAAAUCUUCUGCUUUUGUACUUCAAUAAAAAAGACUGGACUAUCAGUAAUAAAUGUGUUAUAUUUUCUCAGGAUU